CCUUCUCGCCAUAUUCGACCUCACUUCCGUUGUCAUACCAUUUGGACUGCCUUAACCGUCAAUCAUAGUAUUGAUCACAUCCAUUGCUCUGCAAUGGACCAGACCAGUGGUCAGUUGAAUGUUGCUGUUGAUACAGUAUGUGUUUCCUGUGGAGAAAUCGCCACAGAGGUCGACGAACCUCCUGAUCAUCCCCCUCAGCGGACUCCCGGUCCAGUCUCAAGCCUUGCUGCCGAGACGGACAAGUUCACUAAAACAAGGCCCACGAGCUCCCGGAGACAGGAAUCCUUAUUGACUCAGGCACUUCACGUUUCCGAGCCCGAGACCCAUUCUGAAGAGGAUCCAUGUCUUCAAUCUCCCAAAGACUAUUCCAGCGCUGAUUUGACCAGCGAUUGUGGUUUUACUAGCUGCGGAACAAGGAACAGCUCGCCCAGUCCUCCUUGUCCACCGUCUAUGUUUAACAUACUCCCUGUCUUCAGCAAACUCGAUUUUAACCCAUCUCAAGUCAAGAUCCAGACUGAUGACGAUCAUGUCGUUCCCCAGGGUCAGGCCAUGCCCGAGAGUACUCUGGAGGCCAAUCUUGGGCGAAAACGGUGCAUCACCUUUGCGUGUGGGCGCAAGGCGUCGCCAACUCCUACUCCUACCCCUCGCGUACAGACUCCUCCAAAGAUGGAGCAGACUGCACCAGUCAAGCGAGGCUGCACUAUCCGCUUCGCAUGUCCAUCCAAAGUCUUGGCAGAGCAGCCGAUGCACCUGCAAGAGAAGAAGCCGAAAAUUAGCAGAGCCGCUAGUCCUGCUCCUUCCUUAUUGAAACAACGCGAGUCCAUCCCAGCUUCGCCUCGCCAACAUCGAGACUCGGACUCCACCGUUCGCAACGAUAGCCCUAAGAGUGUUCGCAAAGUUGCCUCUACCAACCACAAGCGAACGUUGAGUGGCAACUCAGAUCUUGGACGUAGCGAGGCCACCCGCUUCCAUGCCUUUGCCAGUGGCAAAGAAGAAGACGACGAUUGGACCAAGGAGGCGACAUGCCAUCGCAGCCGGCUGACUGUGUCUGACACGCUGAAGAUUGAAAACUGUUUGCGGAAACUGGGAGAAGAAGCUGAAGAGGAAGCACUGCAAGAGGAACAGGAUGUCGAUGAGGAGGAUGAAAAUGAGGAUGAUGACGAUGACGAUGAAUUUGGCGGGGCAGGUGCCAACGAUAUGGACGAAGAUUCCGAUGACGGCUUUCAUACCGACAACGAGGCAGGAUUUGCCAGCUCGGACGACGAGAGUGAUGCUGGCUCUGAUUACGACUGGUGGGCUCCCGGACCUGGCGCUGGCUUGUCGACUGCAGCAACCUCUACGGACCAUCUUGAGCACAUCCGCCCCCUUGGCCGUCGUAGCUUCUCUGACUCUUCUGUUGGCUCGCCCGACAGUGAAGUCGCGUUCUUGACGCACCACAAGAGUUCACCGAAUCGUCUUAGACGUAGGAAGCGGAAUGCCAUCAAUAUCAACGUUGAGCCAACACCAGAGUUACCGGACAGUACUGACUUUGUCUGUGGUACGCUGGACGAGGAUCGCCCGUUGGAGGAUGCUUAUGCCUCCGCAAUCGAGCGUCGCCGAGCUGCAAAGCAUCGUACUACUCCCCAGGACAUUGAUCCCUCUUUUCCAACAUCAGACCCUGAGCUCGAUGACGACGAGGAAGAAACAAGAACAGGCUCUGUAUCCGACCAGCACAUGCUCAUGCAUGGCGCUUUCGAUUCCAUGGAUGAAGACGAGCCGCGCACUGCCCGCCCAAGCAAGAAGGCUACCACUCCAGUCCGCAUGCGUUCGCCACCACCGGCAGCCAUGCGCCGAACCCGCUCACCCGCUCCGAUCCGUCGUGCACAUACUGGCACACCUCCAAAACGAAUGCGCUCGCCUGCUCUAAGGCCACCUCGCCGCGCAUCCCUGAUUCAUUCUCCACCUGCUGUUCGCGUCUCCAACCUCCACUUCGUCGGCAUGGCAGAGCGACCGUCUAUGCAGAUUGCCGCUUCUCUUCCUCGCGCUCCAGUCAUGAACCCCCUUUCUCCUUUGGAUUACGACGAUGACGAGUCCAACGACCUCCCAAGCCGCGGUGCCAUCGACAUCAAGGCCGGUCUAGAGCAGAAACGUCAACGUCGUCUUCAGAAACUUUAUCAAAAGCAUUGCCGCAAGCAGGCCAAGGAAGGUGAAAAGAAGCCUUCCCCUGGCAAGGGCUGCGAGCGCAUGCGCGAGAUCGGCCUCGAGAUGGCAGCAUACAACAAGAGCAAGCGUGCCCCGAUUAACGCAGCUCCCGCCACGAAGGAUCCAUUGAUGAUCUCCGUCUAAGAACAUGACACUACAUGCAGUCUUUCCAUUCCGCUUGUAUCGCCUUUCACACAAACCAUUAUGGGAUGAUAGUAACGGCUUCGAGAUACCCCUUGCAUGAUGACUCACGAACUAUUUCAUCAAUCCUAUAUCUCACG